AUGAGCUCUUGGGCGACUCGCUUGCAUGCGGGCCGGCAUGUACAAUUUUGCCGUUAUCCUGCGGAAAGAGACGCUUAUAUAAAUCAGUUCACUUCGACAAAGAGAUUCUGCACUUAUCCCUCUCUUUUGGUGUCCAGGAGAUAUGGUCAUACAGCAGCAAACAGAUGUCCGCCAGCCUGCCGAAAGACGAUCAUAAAAAGCCGCAACCCCCAAUCCCCUCGCUCAGCCUUUCUACUAAGCCGCCUACAUAGUACAACAACCCAGACCUCAGUGGAUUGCUAUAUACCGCCAAAGACGGGUCUUAUUGCUUCUCUUCCCAGGUCAUGGAUACCAUACGCUGAGCUACUGCGCCUCGACAAGCCGACAGGUACAUAUUACCUUUUCUUCCCAUGCGCGUAUUCCACUCUUCUUGCGGCAUCUAUGGUACCUUCUGUGCCAGUUUUGCAGGUAGUUGGAACGAUGGGGCUUUUCUUCAGCGGCGCUUUGAUUAUGCGCGGCGCCGGAUGUGCAAUCAACGAUUUAUGGGACAGAAACCUAGACCCUCAUGUCGAACGCACGAAAUUUCGCCCAAUCGCAAGGGGGGCGAUCUCGCCUGGCAAAGCAGUGCUUUUCACGGGCUCUCAAUUACUGGCAGGACUGGGUAUCCUCCUUCAAUUUCCGUAUCAAUGUCUUUGGUACGGUAUACCUAGCCUUAUUCUGGUGACCACUUACCCUCUUGCUAAGCGAAUCACCUACUAUCCUCAAGCUGUACUGGGCCUUACUUUUUCAUGGGGUGCAAUUAUGGGCUUCCCCGCAUUAGGUGUCGAUCUUCUCAAUAAUGGGGCCGCAUUGGAAGCAGCUGCCGCACUUUAUUCCAGUUGCGUGGCCUGGACAAUUUUGUACGAUAUGAUAUACGCUCAUAUGGACAUUAAAGAUGACGUCGCGGCUGGCAUUAAGUCUAUCGCUCUUCGUCAUGAAAACAAUACGAAAGCCGUUCUCUCUGCUCUGGCGGCUGUCCAGGUGUCGCUACUUGCUGCUGCAGGUGUAGCAGCGGGGAGCGGCCCUAUCUUCUUUGUCGGCGGCUGUGGUAGUGCGGCUAUUUCUCUCGGUCUCAUGAUCUGGAAGGUUCAGCUGAAAGAUGUACGAAACUGUUGGUGGUGGUUCAAAAACGGCUGUUUGUUCACCGGCGGAGGUAUCACACUGGGGAUGCUCUUUGAUUACGUCGCGCAAGUUAGUGGCUUCUACGAGGCGACUGAAACACCCAAUCCUCUGGAGCGCUCAUAG